AUGGCUGCUGCGACUGCUAUAAAACCUGGUCCGAUUGAAAAUCGGACAACACUUUUUCGAACACAAAUGGUCAAUGGAAAGCCGCAGAUAUAUUUUGAAGAAAUUGGUUCGUUAGCUGAGAUGCUUGUUUCUUUUCCUUUAUCAUCGAUGUAUUUGUUAGAUGAGCCUCAAGAGAAACCACAAACCAAAACAAAACGGAAUAGUCGUGCGGUAAAUACUAUACGUGUUCCAGAACAGCCUAAACCGAAACAAACUGUUCAAAAACCUGCUCCUAUUUCACAGAGCGUUCCUACCAAACAACCGAAGAAAACGCAUAAAAUUGUUGUUAACGAUAAAGAUGCCUCUGUCGGUGUUUUCAUGACUAUGGAAGAAAUAGCUGAACUUGUCAAAGCUGUGAAAGACACUUCCAGAGCUUCCGAAAACCAAGAGAUACUACUACCACCGCCAUUGCCACCGCAACCCCAACCCCAACCGGUUCUAUCGCAACCAGAUCUGCUACCAUCGCCGCCUCAGCAACAACAACAACAACAACAACAAUCGAAUAAUGCUCCUGUUCCUCCAUUAGAUUUACCACCACAUUCAAACACAGUAUUACCCCUCGGCCAAAUCUCACCUCGCGACGAAGGCCUAGGAAUGAUGGCUGACAAGAAACGUAAGAAAUGGAUGCGAGAACGAGCGGAAAUGGAUCGAAUGAGACUUGAAGUAGAAUAUGAUCAAUUAAAACAUCAGUUAUCUUCUAUGAAUCAAAAUACUUCUACGUCGCCUGAACGUAUAGUAUAUCCGUCGGAUUUCUCAUCAACCAAUAAACAGACAAUAAUGCCAACUGGAAAACCUGCAGAUAAUCCGACAAAUGACUAUGCCAGAACAGGUUUAGUGGAAAAGAAACAACAACAAUGGCGACAAGAAAAUGCGGAGAAAGCUCCUGCGUGGAAUCCAUUUGGACGUCCAGGUGCUGGUGCUCCGAAUCUCAACGAAGUUGACCAGAGAAUCUCUCAAUUACCCACAAAUGUUGUUGUGCCAUAUCGUGUACCUGAUCCUCCAUCAGUAACAUCAAAUAUCGUUAUCAAUGAUCAAUCACGUGUGCCUGCUGCUAUGCGAACAAAUCUUUUACUUGGCGAUGUUCGAUUUGAAGACGAUGUCAAAGUUGCAAAAGAAAUAGAACGACGGCAAUGGUUAGGUGAUCUCCAAAAACAAAUCGAAGAAAACAAACGGAAGAAAUUCACAGAACAAGAAACAGAACGUCGGCAAGACUUUCUCCAUGAAAAUGUUCAGCCUAUUGUGCAAGAAGCAGCCAAUCGUCAUAAUCAGCACCAACAGCCAAAAGAUUCAUCGCCUACUCCAUUCACUAAUACGUCAACAGCAAAUCCUAAUCCACAAGAAUCAAGCAAAUCUCGACAGCAUGAUACAUUGGUUCAACAAACCUAUGAGAAAAUAGUCGAAGCAGCUGAAUUGGCUAAGUACGAGAAGAAACAACAACUGAUUGAGAAGUUAAAACGAAAUGGACAUAAAACAGAUCUGUUAGCAAAAACACUACCAGAAAUGAAAACACCGAUUCCACAACCAACUCAACGAACCACAGAUAGAUAUCAGGACGCUUCACCUAAGAGAACAACAACAACAGCAGCAGCAGCAAAAGUGGAACCAUUGCAUUUGAACACAGUUAAUGAUUAUCAACAAUCAUAUCGAACUAACGAUGCACGACGAGAUGAAGCUGUUAAUACUAUAGACUCCACAUUUCGAAGUGACAAUGGUGUACAAACUGAUCUUCGAAUGAUUCCUCAAAAUCAAAUGUUUCAUUACACACGCGAAGAAUCAGAUCUUCCUCCACAAGUUCCCAACCAUCUUAUUCGCGAAGGCAAACAAACGAAGAAAAACGUUCGUAUUCGUUCCCAAGAGGAUCAUCAACGUCAACGACGUUCAUCUGUUACAACCACACAUUCGAAAGCUAACUCUCAGGAUGAAAAUACCUACCGAAAUCCAUACGGUCCACAUGAUCUUGUUCAUCGACCUCUAUGGAAUUAUCAGAAUCCUGGCCAUCGUGAAUACGUCCCGAACUCGAAACGUGACCCAAAUUAUGAAAAACGUCACCACCCGAAACAGGCAGGCAAUGAAAGAACUACAAUCGAUCGCAACGAUGAUAUACAAAAGCGAACAGCGUAUAAUCGAUGGAAUAGUGAUAGCGAAUUGCAACAUAAACGAAAAGAAUCAAAAGCGCCGAGUCAGAAUCAACCACGUUCGAUUAUUUCCAAACAUAUUCAAUCUCAUUCACAACAACAAGAACCAGCAAACAUACCGAGAGGAACGAAUAAAGAAAAAACAUUUGCUUUGAUGAAUAAUGAAGAUGACUCAAGCUUUCGUAAUAUACCGACAUUAGACAAAUAUGAGCAUUUUAUACCAUAUACGAGAUCAGAUGAAAUUCUUGAUCCAGCUCGAGCAUUUUCACCUCUUCCACAAUCACGAGAAUCUUCAGCUCAUGUCCAACGUUCCAAACCUACGACAUACACUAAUGAUGAUCAUCAUCAUCAUCGACGACCCAAUGUAAAUGUGCAACAACCGCCUUACCACGUGCCUCCAUCUCAACAGCAGCAUAUUCUCCAACAAUUAACAGCAAUCAAAGAAAACUUAGUUCGACGGCAACAAGAAGUUGCUACAUCCAUGAAUGCCAUUCCAGUUUAA